AUGGCAACAAUACAAAAGCAAGAAGUUGAAGAAGAUGAAGACACGAGAGCCGUUGAUCUUAGAAUCAACAGCAGAGAAUUACCAAACAUUCAAGUAGGCUCCACUAACAGCAACAACGACAUGUCGAUAGCACCAAAGGAAGAGCCAUGCACAGAGGAGAGGCCACCUACGCCACCAUUAGGAGUCAUGCCGUUAGCGGCAAUCCCCAUGCCAUCAACCACAGUGACCCAACCCAAACGAGCAUCAACCAAAGACCGACACACCAAGGUGGAGGGUCGGGGCCGGAGGAUCCGAAUGCCUGCAACAUGCGCUGCCCGGAUCUUUCAGUUAACCCGAGAAUUAGACCAUAAGUCAGACGGUGAAACGAUCAGGUGGUUGCUUGAACAUGCUGAACCUGCCAUAAUUGCAGCAACAGGAACCGGCACCGUCCCUGCUAUUGCCAUGUCUGUUAAUGGAACCCUUAAAAUCCCGACAACAACUAACUCCAGCUCCGAACUCGGUGAACCAAAUGCUAAAAAGAAGCGGAAACGACCCGUUAAUAGCGAGUACGUCGAUGUCAAUGGCAACGUUUCAGCCUCAGCUUCUUUAGCUCCCACAACAAAGCAACAGUCACAGCCACAGCCACAGCCACAGCCACCGCGGCCACCCGCGCAACAAACAGUUGCGGCAGUGCCUCAGGGUUUAGUGCCCAUGUGGGCCAUACCAUCAAACGCUGUAGUUCCAGGGGCGUUUUUCAUGGUACCAUCUAUUCCAGGAACUCCAAACCAGCCCCAGAUAUUUACGUUCCCAGCAGCAGCUGCUCCUUUGAUAAAUAUUUCGACUAGGCCAAUAUCAUCUUUUGUGUCUUCCACUCAAUCAAAUCUAGCUAUGGCUAUGCCUGUUUCUGGUUCUGGCGUUUCUGGUUCUAAACCUGCUAACGGUAUUUCAAUGAUGGCGCCAAGUUCAAGUUCAGCUUCUACUGUUACAAGUACAACUACUAAUAGUACUCCUCAAAUGCUUAGAGACUUCUCUUUAGAGAUUUAUGACAGACAAGAGUUACAGCUCAUGUCUCGGCCUCCAAAGAAAUGA